GAUGUUGUUGCCUAAAACCAACCGGGGACUUUUCCCUCCCAACCAAUCCGUUCAGGUCUUCUCUGCGGUGCCAGCUAUUACUAGAUAGUGAAUUUCGAUCUCGAUGGAAAAUAUUAUUUUAGCCGAUAGGCAGCAGACACUUAUGCGAUUAUAAAAAUGUAUUCAAACUAACUAACCGCCGCUAAAUAUCCGAUAAUGGUGGACUUUUCUCUUUAAGUUGGCGCGUUUUAAAUGAGGUACUGGAGUAACGUGCGAAGCACUGAUGCCAACUUCAUAACAGCACCUCCAAAGUAGAGUAAACAUGUACUGGUCGUUAAGGAGAAUCCCUAGUUGUUUCAAACACACAAAAUAACGUGUAAAUAAUGUUAAAUUAAUAAGAAUGCCGCGCAGUUUAAGGAAUGUGGUGGUGGGCGUAACCUGGCGUGUUAAAUGUGGCUGAAGAACACGAACACCCUCCUUCUUCUCCUCCGCCUCCAGCCCCACCCGUCAGAUUUCCAUUCUCUCAAGUCACAACUUGACUGAAACUUUGUGCGGCUCAAGCGAUGUUGGGAAAUAAAGCGAGAAUGCGCGGGGGAAGGGGCUGCUCAUCAACUCUGCUGUAACAUAUGUGAUCAACUAUCUUUUUAUUGGACUUGAUGUGACUCGAGCCCCCCCGGCAGAGACGGGACUAUGAGCAACAACGAUAUCUUCGAGAUGGACUCCGUGACGGAGACGGAGGAGAUGGAGGGUGAUACCGAGCUGGGUAUGAUAGACGAGGAAGUUGUGUACCCAGAGGAGUUCUUACCAACAUAUGAAAGUAUUAAAGAAGGAACAAAAGUAACCAAAGCAGAGCUGACCGAGUUCAACGACAAGGAGGACUCCUUGUUCUUCAACGACGGCGUGAGGAGGAUCGACUUCAUCCUGGUGUACGAGGAUGAGGACAAGAAGGAGUUUGAGAAGAGGCACACGUUCCAGCGGAAAAAGAGACGGCGGGAGUACUUUGAGGCCAGCCUGAUGAAGAUGGGGAUGGAGCUGGAGGCCACGAAAUCCGUAAUCGAUGAGAAACUGACGUUUGUGAAGGUCCACAUGCCGUGGGACGUGCUGUGCACUUACGCUGAGGUCCUGCACAUAAAGCUCCCUAUCCAGGCCAAUGACCUGUCCUCCCGACCGUCCCCGUGGCGCUAUUUAUCCUGCAUCACCAAGUACUUCUACCCUAACGAAGACCUGAUCCGGAAGGAGACCGAGUUCUUCACAGCCCCCUUUGAGAAAGACCGCCUGGACUACUUCUACGUCAGGGACAGAGACACUUUCUUCACUCAGUCCAUGAGGAGCAGGAUGGCAUAUUACAUCCUGAGUCGAGCCCUGUAUGAAAUACGAGGGAGCAUAAAGAAGUUUGGCAUCACCAAACUGCUGGACGGUGGAGUGUACAAGGCUGCCUACCCCCUCCAUGACUGCAGGUUCAACGUCAAGUCCAAAGAAGAGGGCUGCCCCAACGAGAGGUUCCUGCUCUACGAGGAAUGGGCUCACCCCAAAAGCUUCUACAAGAUGCAACCACUUGACCUCAUCAGGAAGUAUUACGGGGAGAAGAUCGGCAUUUACUUUGCCUGGCUGGGUUUCUACACCAUAAUGCUCGCUCUGGCUGCUGUUGUGGGACUGGGUUGUUUCAUCUACGGAUACAAAACUCAAGAAACCAGCACCUGGAGCAAAGAGGUGUGUGACCCUGAAAUUGGAGGGAAGAUUGUGAUGUGUCCACAGUGUGACAGGGAAUGCAAAUACUGGAGGUUGAACAGCACCUGUGAAGCUUCGAAAAAACUAUGUAUAUUCGAUAACUUUGGAACCCUGGUGUUUGCAGUUUUCAUGUCAAUCUGGGUAACUUUGUUCCUGGAGUUUUGGAAACGCUACCAGGCGGAGCUGGAGUACGAGUGGGACACUGUGGCGUUUCUGGAGCAGCAAGAGCCGCCUCGUCCAGAAUAUGAAGCCAAGUGUAUCUAUGAGAGGAAGAACCCUGUCACAGGGGUCAAAGAAAAAGUGCCAUAUACAGCCUGUGGACGAUGUGUUCGGGUGUCGAUAGGAAUUGGGACGGUCCUAUUCUGGAUUCUGUUGAUCCUCGCAUCCAUUGUGGCCAUCACUGUCUAUCGCCUGGCUGCAUUUUUUGCCUUCUCAGCUCGACUCAGAGCUCAGGACCUGAAGGAGCUGGAACCUCUGAAGGAGUACGUGACGCCUCAGAUGGCCACGUCCGUCACCGCCUCGCUCAUCAGCUUCGUCGUGAUUAUGAUCCUCAACAUUCUCUAUGAGCGGGUCGCCAUCUGGAUCACCGACUUCGAGCUUCCGCGCACCAAGACGGACUACGAGAACAGCUUGACCCUGAAGAUGUUCCUCUUUCAGUUUGUCAACUACUACUCCUCCUGUUUCUACAUCGCCUUCGCCAAAGGCAAAGCAGUUGGCUAUCCCGGAGAUCCCGUUUAUCUCCUGGGAAAAUACCGUAAUGAGGAGUGUGAUCCUGGUGGUUGUCUGAUCGAGUUGACGACUCAGCUCUCUAUCAUCAUGGGUGGAAAAGCCAUCUGGAACAACAUUCAAGAGGUCUUGCUACCGUGGGUGAAAAAUUUGAUCUUCCGCUACUGCACCCGCGUGGCCUCAGAGAAGGUGAUCCCACGGUGGGAACAGGACUACCAGCUGCAGCCAGUGUCAAAACUCGGGCUGUUCUAUGAAUAUCUUGAGAUGGUCAUCCAGUUUGGCUUUGUGACCCUGUUCGUGGCCUCCUUCCCGCUGGCUCCGGUCCUGGCUCUGGUCAACAACCUGUUUGAAAUUCGAGUCGACGCGUGGAAAAUCACCACUCAGUUUCGCCGUGUCGUGCCAGAGAAGGCCCAAGAUAUCGGGGCCUGGCAGCCCAUUCUUCAAGGCGUCGCCAUAUUGGCUGUGGCAACAAAUGCCAUGAUCAUCGCUUUUACAUCAGACAUGAUUCCACGGUUGGUCUACUACUGGUCUUUCUCUGUGUACCCGUAUGGAGAUUACCCUGGUCACACCAUGCAGGGCUACAUCAACAGCUCUCUGUCUAUUUUCAACACCGACGAUUUCUCCAACUUUAGCAUGCCCAUCAGCAAAGUUCCCAACAUGACCACCUGCAGGUAUCGAGAUUUUCGCUUUCCUCCCGGGCACGACAGGCAGUAUGAGUACACCAUGCAGUACUGGCAUGUGAUCGCUGCCAAGAUGGCUUUUAUAAUUGUUGUUGAGCACAUUGUUUACCUCACCAAGUUCAUCCUGUCCUACGUGAUCCCAGACGUCCCGUACGCCGUUAAAGAACAGAUCAAGCGGGAGAAGUACUUGACGCAGGUCAUCCUCCACGAGACCAACCUCAAGCUGGUGAGCAAACGUUUGAAACCAGUCAUCGACGAUACACUUAAAGUGACAGAAGCGAGCAUGGCAAUGGACGAUCUGGAGCUCGGUUUCUGACACUAGAUGUAAAUGUGUCAAAGAGAUCACAUCCCUGAUACUGUACAUACAUGACUAUCCACAUCUCUUCAAAUACUGACCGAACACCUUGUGAAGAAGUGACAGAAUUAAGACCCAGAGCGAGGUGUUGACUUUUGUUACGGAAAAUGUGAAGCAACCAAGAAGAGCGACCGCCGCUGAAAGUUCCUGCCAGGCUGCUGAAUAAACCAAGGGGAAACCACUGUUGUCUGGGCCUCACACACCGGACUCACACUGUGUGUUUCACUUCUGUCAGGAGUGGGAAAGGCAAAAGAAAGUAAAGAACAGCACAUCUGUCCUUUAUCACUUCUGAGUGUUUUUGGUUCUUCUAGUAAAACUAGAGAUGUCAAAUCAGUGCCUGAUGUUCUGAAGCUUCACACUAAUGAAGACCAACCAUUUGGUGGCUUGAGCGUGACAAACAACAAAAACCACCCAUCUCAGUGUCCACUCACAAGUUUUAUUCUAGAGCUUUCAAGUGCAGUUUAUUCAAGUGCUGUCCCCAAGAGCAAUUAUAAGGUGCUUAACUUGAGUGUCUCCAUUUCUAUUUCUUAAAGGUGCAUUGGUGAUUUUAGCUGUAAAUACACAAUACAAUACAAAAAUGAGCUUAAUAGUUAGCAUGCUGGCCUAUCACGGUCUGAGGCUCCUAUGUUGGUGUUGUCAACAUGGACACUCCCCCGGUGCUCCCAGCUCUGGUUCAGGACCCCUAGCUGCACAGCUAACUGAGCUAGCUAGCUAACAGUGGCUACAUACUGCAACAAAUAGCGGUUACUCUACCAGUGCGCUGUCCCCUAUAUAUAUUUUUUUAUAUAUAGAGUCGACAGGUGGCCAGUUCCUACAUAUUGCACCUUUAACACAAAAGGGGCAUCAGCAUCAGAGAUGAAGAAGAAGUGUAUUUUUUUAUUUUUUUAUUUUAUCGGCAUUUCGAAAAAAACAACUUCUCAUCUGUGCUGGGCUGAAACAUAAGCUACAGUGUGGUUGAAAGCUCUGGAAAAAGCUAGUGUGUUGCCCUUGAGUUGGGGUUUAUUUUGUGUAUGUGUGUGUGUGUGUGUCUUCCAGUUUUGUGACUACAGUAUGUUUUAGCUUGGCUCUAUCAGCACUGCAGUCUCUCACUCCGUCCGUCGUGCUGGGGGCUCAGAGCUGUCACACACACCUGUAGCCAACAAAAGCCACUGCUCUGUGAUUGUUUUCCUUCACGUCAUGUCAGUAUUACUAUGUACAAAAACUGCUUUUGAUUGCUGAAUGUUUUUUGUUUGUUGAUGAGGUUUCUUUUUUUUAUCCUGCUAUCUCUGUUACAAGAACUAAAGAGCUGCAGUGAUGCGCCUGCAGCUCGCAGUGUUACACAGCUGAGGAGUUACAAACCUAAAGCCACUGACUAAAUGUACCUCAGUAAGCCUUUUAAACAGGGAAACAUCAUGUUGAAUGUUCCUAUAUUUCCCAAUUUCUUUUAGAUUCAGAUUUGGCUCCUGUCUCUUUAAACCCCCCUCAAUCUGCUCCAAUUGGUCGGCUCACACACGCCUGAACAACAGAUCCGCUGUGCUAAAUUGAUUCUAACUGCAAGACGUAGAUUAUGCAAAAGUGACAUGGUGACAAGACUGUCACAAAAGUACAGAAUUAAAGGCGGGACAGCUGACGAUGCGUUUCAGGAGCAGUGUUUUCUGUGGGAGAGGAGGAGCCUCUGUUGGUGCAGAAGUUUUGGACCUUGUACAUGCACAGUAAUCUAUGUAAAACACUGAAGGAAAGGGAAAAAAUGGAAAAGCAUAAAAGGUCUCCUUUAAAUCACAUCAGGAGAAUUGUUAAUUUCUUAAAUCUACCGUGCAUCCCUACUCUUAAGCUGGAAUAUUAGAUCAAUCCCUCCGCUGUAUUAUCACCUCGCCUUGUCACAUAAACAGUAUCAUAUACCAGCGACAUCUGAUGAUGCUUCUUUAUCCUCUCUUUCAUACAAAGCCAUGAAAUUGUUUUAUAUAAAAAAGGUUUCCUUCCUGUACUCCAAAGUCUUUAAAGAAUUUCUGAAGAUUAAAAAGAUGCAUUUAUUUUUUUGCGUUUGUAGUAAGUAUGCACAACGUCACAUAACAGAUGUCUCAGUGCACUGACAGCGUCUGGAGUACACGUCUGCAUCGCCGCAGCUGCAGGUGAGAAACCAAACCACUGGAGGUCAGCAGAAACGAAGAUUUGCAGUUUGUUCCAGACUUUUCUAACUCCUCUUAAACUCCUCUUAUUACACCAAUUUUACAUUGAAGUGUGUUCACAGGUCUUGGGGAGUACAACUGCAUAUGAGUAAAAUAAAGUAUUGUAAAGUG